AGUUGUUCAAGGUCGGGUUAGGGAGGAAGAUUUGAGCGAUCUUGAUUUACGUACUGUGCUAAUUUUCUCGAUUUUCUUGCUUAUAUGGAAUCUCUAAUACCAGUCAUUAACAAACUACAGGACGUUUUUAACACAGUGGGUUCUGAAACAAUACAACUGCCUCAAAUCGUUGUUUUGGGAACACAAAGCUCUGGGAAGAGUUCAGUCCUUGAAAACUUAGUUGGUCGCGAUUUCCUGCCUAGAGGACAUGGAAUUGUGACGCGGCGACCACUUGUUUUACAACUUAUCCAUGUAGAUGAGUCAGACCAUGCUACACGGGUCGCGGAAGGUGAUGGUACUUCAACUGAAUGGGCAACAUUCCUACAUACAAAAAAGAUAUACCGGGAUUUCGAUGAAGUUCGUAAUGAAAUCAAAAGCGAAACUGAUCGGGUUGCCGGGGCUGGAAAAGCUGUAAGCUCCGAGCCGAUCAACUUAAAAAUAUUCAGCCCACGUGUUCUCAAUCUCACUUUGGUCGAUCUUCCUGGCAUUACAAAGGUUCCUGUUGGUGACCAGCCUGAGGAUAUUGAAACAUUGAUCAAUGAUUUAUGUCUUCAUUACAUUAACAAUCCUAACAGUAUAAUUUUAGCUGUUACACCGGCCAAUGCAGAUAUGGCUACUAGUGAAGGUCUUAAGCUGGCCAAAACAAUCGAUCCUGAUGGCCGCCGAACUUUAUGUAUUCUAACUAAGUUGGAUCUAAUGGACCAUGGAACAGACGCCCACGAUCUUUUAUUGGGGCGUGUUGUUCCAGUUAAACUCGGCAUAAUUGGUGUUGUCAAUCGUUCUCAAGCCGAUAUUAAGGCGGGUAAAAAUAUUGACGAGGCAUUACAAGAUGAAGCCAGUUUUCUGCAACGACGUUAUCCAUCUCUUGCUAGUAGGAAUGGCACCCCAUUCUUGGCACGGACAUUAAAUAGACUUUUAAUGCAUCAUAUACGGGAUUGUUUGCCAGACUUGAAAACACGUGUGAAUGUAAUGGCUGCACAAUUUCAGAAUCUUUUAAAUACAUUCGGAGAUGAAAUCGAAGACCGAGGACAACUUUUGCUGCAGAUUAUUACAAAGUUUAAUACUGCUUAUUGUAAUACAAUUGAUGGAGUUGCGAAAGAUAUUGAAACGACUGAGUUGUGUGGUGGCGCUCGUAUUUGUUAUAUAUUCCAUGAAACUUUCUAUCGAACGUUGAGUAAAAUCGAUCCUUUGGGUGGUUUAUCAACUCUUGAUAUUCUAACCGCAAUACGAAAUGCUACUGGGCCAAGACCUGCUCUAUUUGUGCCAGAGGUUUCUUUCGAAUUGUUGGUAAAACGACAAAUCAGGCGUUUAGAAGAACCGAGUUUACGAUGUGUUGAAUUAGUCCAUGAAGAAAUGCAACGCAUCAUUCAACAUUGUGGUGCUCAACAAGAACUCCUUCGGUUUCCGAAACUGCACGAACGUAUAGUCGAUGUGGUCACUUCUGUAUUGCGCCAGCGCCUGCAACCGACCAAUCAAAUGGUUACUAAUCUAGUCGCUGUUGAGUUAGCCUAUAUAAAUACUCGACAUCCUGACUUUCUGGAAGCACUAAGUACACAUCGGCAACAGGCUCCAGGAUUAGAGAAUCUGUCUCUUAACGACCAGCCGGCAACACAGGGAUCAAUUUCAGGAUCUUCACUUCGUACCAUUACUGCUUCACAUCUGACUCGUCGCCUACCUGGAACUCUUCAGCACGAAGAACAGCCCGGUUCUCUUAAUAUUAAUGGUCCAUCCUCAGAUCAAAAUCCAGAGAAUCUGCAUAUUGGACUAAGCCUUACUCCGGACAUUCAAACGGAAGUUCAACAGCAUAAGCUAACACCAAAUGAACGACAUGAUUGUGAAGUUAUUGGGAAACUUAUUCGUUCCUAUUUUCUAAUUGUUCGAAAGAACAUACAAGAUACUGUUCCAAAAGCAAUAAUGCAUUUUUUAGUGAAUUUUGUUAAAGAUAAUUUACAAUCAGAACUUGUCGGUAAAUUGUAUAAACAAGAUGAAUACAAUACAUUGUUACAAGAAAGUGAACGAGUAGCUCAGCGCCGAAGAGAAGCUUCCGAAAUGUUAAAGGCUCUUCAGAAAGCCAGUAUGAUCAUCGGUGAAAUUCGUGAAACACAUUUAUGGUGAUUAAAUAUUUCGGUAUCAUUGUUUGAUUUUCAACAAUAACAAUAAUUUACGUGUUUCGUUAUUUCCUUCUUGUAUUUCUAAUAUAAUUUUUCGUUAAUUAAAAGUAUACAUGUAGGCUUUAAACCGAAUCAUACUACGUGUGUGUAUACAUCAUUUCUUUUGUGCCAUUUAAUCAACUAUAUCCAUCUACAUUUUGACUGUUAUUUCGAAGUUCUUAUCUGUUGUUAUCUAUGCUACCGUUACCACUAAUACAACAACUUCUAACCAACGCACACUAAACUCACGUAUCAUCUUACAAAUUAACCUAGCAUAAUAAGCGAACUAUAAAAGAUUUACUGUUUAGUAGUUUAUAAGACUGAUUAUCAUUCUGCAAUGUCUUAUUGUUUUCUUCGUAGGUUCCUUUUGUUUGUUAUUGUGGUUUUCUCUUUAAUUGUAGAAAAAAAAUGUACAUCUCUCCUAACCUGUGUUUGUAAAAAGGCUUUCUAUAUUGUAACUGUUCUGCUAUUGAGAAUGUAAUUAUCUAAAAGAGCUAUUAUACAUUUCUAACACACUCAAUGAUCUUAAUUCUGCUAACUUUUCUCCCCGGUUUAUUAAUUAUAAGUAGUCCAUUUUUAGUCAUACUUAUUAUGUAUUUUCUGGGAGAGAGGGUAUAUAAAUUGAGGUUAGUUGACAUGAUAUCCUUUAUAGUACUGCCGUGUCUUAAUUUUAACCCGCAUAGUCCGAUAUCCGCGGUAACUUCAGAACCAGUUCUGCAGAGGUUGAAAACUGUAGUCUUACCAAUGUUCAAAUAAUAAAUUCGGAUAAGCUAUGUAGAUGAUGCAUUCGUCGUUCUCUUUAAGGAUCAGUUGGAAAAUAUCCACAGUUUCAUCAACGGCAUCUUCGAUAACACGAAAUUCACGUUAGAAGCGGACUAAGACAACAAACUACCAUUUUUUCACAUAUUUAUCAUCAGAAAAAAAUAUGGAAAGACUGAAAACUUAAAUCUAUCGGAAACCAACACACUGCUCAAAUACUCAUUUAAAACAGCAACAGUCCACUUGUUCACAAAAUCAACUGUAUACAAAGACUUGUAGCACCGCGAUUGCGCCGGGAAAUAAAAGAAAAUAUUUAAUGGAUUUAUUCCAAAAAAUAUCUACGCACGAAAUUCCAAAAAUUGCUUAUCAAACGGACAAUCCAAUACACAAUCAACGAGGAAGACCAGCGAACGAGUAAAUUUACACUGCAUAAAGAGGAUCUCCGAGAUAACGAACAGUGUUAAAACUACUAUGUAUAUAAGUGUAGUCUACAAGCCAAAAUAAUCACUGCAAACCAAAGGGCACAACGACAAACAGGGACAAGUCAACGAUCGACAGUAGAAAUUCAUAGUUGUGUUUCUUUGAGAUACUUCCUACUCUUCCUAUGUCGCUAGUCAUGAUGACCGUUAUUAGAUAACUCAAUUGUGUCUAAAUUUUAGCAAGCAAUCGUUUGUUAUUCAGCUCAUCACAAAGACGCAAGCACAUAAAGUGAAUACAAACAGAAAUGCGGAUGCGAGCGACUGAAUUAAUAAAUAAAUUAGUUAAGCUAGCAAGGGGAAUGUGUAGGCUGUGACACAUGAUUGUAAUAACAUUAAGGUACAAACAAAUUGUUGCUGAUCGAAUGACAGUCUCACAUAAUUUAAGGCAAUGGUUUAGGAGAAUUAAACGUAUAUUGAGGUGAUAUGUUAUAAAUUGCAGCUACUGCUACACGCUAUGGGAUAAAACGGCCACCGUCUUCGUUUACGUCUACAUGAACACCAGUUAGUGACGCUACGUACCUUCGCUUAUAUCAGUUGAUAGAAAUGUGGGUUCAACUGGGACAGCGUUGAAAUAUUGUUCAGAAAAAAUACAAAGAAAGCCGGGUGUUAAGUUUGUCCUACAUUGUUCCUACACGUUCCCUUUCUACUCUUUUUAUAUUGUUUUAUACUACUUAUUUACAUUCAGUAAACAGUUCUAUUCCCAACAACUUUCACACUUAUGUUGUAACUCAAGUUGUACUGUAACAUUCUGAAAUGUUCACAUAUAUCUUUAAUGUUUAUUGUCCUUAUCAUUAUAAUUACUGUAUCUUAAUCGCUGUAGCCGUUAUCCACAGUUUUGUGCAUUUGUUUAAACUCAACAGUUUCUAUAUUGUUUUGCUCUUGGUUCGAGUUUCGGUUGCUCAUAAACUGUUAUAAAAUUUAGACACAGCUAUCGGCUGUCUUUGUACUAUCUUAUGUUAUAAUUAUUCUUUAUGUUACUAUUACAGGAGGUCUUUGUUAUUUUUAUUCUUGAAGGACGCGUUUAAACGCCUAGACACAUCACAAGUUGAGGUUUGUAACUAAAAUUUGUGCAUUAUUUAAUAAAGAACCGCUGUUGUUGAC